AUGCCGCUGGAACCGCGUGUGCUCAGUGCCGUGCUCGAACACUAUGUCAUGGUCGCAGCUGUUGUGAGCGUGGUGUAUGUGGUAGUCCUCGUCGCUCACCGCCUCUUCUUCUCGCCUCUUGCCAAAUUCCCGGGUCCGAAGAUCGCCGCCGUCACCAGUUGGUACGAAUUCUACCAUGACUACUUCCGCAGAGGAAAAUACGUCUUCAAGAUCAAGGAGAUGCAUGACCGAUAUGGGCCCAUCGUGCGCAUCACGCCGCAUGAGCUUUCGAUCCACGACCCGGACUUCUACAACUCGAUAAACGUCUCGGGAAGUGUUCGAAAGACCGACAACUACAAAGGUUUCGCGCGUGGUAUCGAUUUUGAUGGCACACACUUUCUCUCUACGUCGCACGAUCUCCAUCGUCGGCGACGAAAACCGUUAGAGCCCUUCUUCUCUCGUGCAGGCGUGACCAAGCUUGAGCCUAUGGUCGGAGAACUGGCCAAACGCUUCGUGCGACGGCUCGACAGUUAUCAAGGAACCGACCAAGUGAUACGCCUUGAUCAUGCAUACGUAGCUCUUGCUGCCGAUGUGGUGGGGAAGAUAUGUUUUGAAAGCAACUCCAACAUGAUCGACGAGCCAAGUUUCGGGGUGGAGUGGUACAAUCUGCUUCACAACUUCAUUCAUUCGCUUCCAUUGGUCAUGGCCUUUCCGCAGAUGAUCAAAAUCCUGAACGUCAUACCGUCCGAGGUGCUACGCUGGCUUGACCCCCGCCUGGUAACUUUUGAGAAGUUUCGAGACUUCGCUCGGCAACACAUAAUCGAUGCCAAGCGAGAAUUGGAACAGAAACCAGACUACGAGACUUUUGAGACUCGAAACUCUGUGUUCAGACAUCUCCUCACCAGCGGCCUGCCGGAGAGCGACCUAUCCGUGGAAAGGUUGACCAGGGAAGCACAGAUCUUUCUGGGGGCUGGCAGCAUUAGCGCGGCCCGUACCCUAGACUUCAUUAGCUACUACAUCAUUGCUAACGACGACUAUCUCAAGCGAUUGCGUGUGGAACUAGCGCCUCUCAUGGAAGGCUACCCCCAAAGACUACCGUCGUUUGUGGAGUUGGAGCGGCUACCCUUUCUACAAGCAUUGAUCAAGGAAGGACUGAGACUCAGUUAUGGUGUCAUGCACCGUAUGCCUCGCGUAUCGCCGGAUCAACCCAUCCUCUACCGUGAUUGGGUCAUUCCACCUGGUGUUGCCGUUGGUAUGUCGGCAUACAUGAACCACACGGAUCCUAAUAUAUAUCGCGAUCCCUUCACCUUCAAUCCCGAACGUUGGUUGAAUAAUGUCACCCCGGAAAUGACCCGAUGUCUUGUUCCGUUCUCCAAGGGGUCGCGGAAUUGUUUGGGCAUGAACCUGGCAUACAUGGAACUGAACAAGACACUUUCGACUGUGUUUCGACCUGGUGCUCCAAGACUGGAACUGUUCGAGACGGACGAGAGUGACAUAGUCCAAGCCCACGACUAUAUCAUUCCGCUGCCCAACUUGGACAGCAAGGGUUUACGUGUCAAAGUCGUUUGA